AUGUCAGACACCCUACUCCCCCCAGGGCCCCGAAAACCACAGAAGAUUUGCUAUGCAAUCCCAUACUACAAACCAUUCGUCUACUCAUCUUUCUUCAUCACAUCCUUCACUUUUGCUUGGAUAGCCUACCUCUCAACAGGCUGCCAAAUGUGUCUGUGGAUCGGGUUCGUCACACAUUCAUCGAUCUGGAGAAUUUGUUUCGUGUACGUCGUCCACUAG